GCUAGUCUUGUAGUUAACUUAAUUAUUCUACAAAUUUUUAAAUCUUAUGUAUUAUUUUCACAUAACUAGUAUCUGAAUAUUAGUUAAUUAAUAAAAAUGAUUUGAUAUACUCUUAGUUCUGAUUCUUGAUCAUUCGUGCCUCUAAAUUUGAGAUUUCACUAUACAUUUCGUCGUCGUAAUUAUCGAUUUAAAAAUGAGUUUGGUGGGGAAAAAAUGCGAAUCAAUAUCUUUACUGGAAUCUAAUAAAGACGAAACAAUCCAAAGUGAUAUAACGCCAGAAGAUGUUUUGAGAUUGGACAGGAUUACCGAUACAUAUCUGUGCAGUCCCGAAGCGAAUGUAUACGACAUAGAUUUUACAAGAUUCAAAAUAAGAGACUUGGAGACUGGGACUGUUUUGUUUGAGAUAGCGAAGCCGCCCACCGAUUUUGGUGUGGACAACGAGGGUGCGGAGGAUACACUAGAAGAACCACUUGACCCAAAUGCAGGCAGAUUUGUCAGAUACCAGUUUACUUCACAAUUUUUAAAAUUAAAAACUGUAGGAGCUACAGUGGAGUUUACAGUGGGAGCACGUCCUGUAAAUCACUUCAGAAUGAUAGAGAAACAUUUCUUCAGAGAUACUUUGCUCAAAACAUUUGACUUUGAGUUUGGUUUCUGUAUUCCUUUUUCGAGGAAUACUUGUGAACACAUAUAUGAGUUUCCAGCACUGCCACCAGACCUUGUUGAAGAUAUGAUUACAGCACCAUUUGAGACAUGCUCCGAUAGCUUCUAUUUUGUGGACAAUCACCUUGUGAUGCAUAACAAAGCAGAUUAUGCUUACAAUGGAGGAAUCAACAAUUAAUGAAAACACUUCGGGAUAUGGCCUUAAAUCAUAUUUUAAAUCUACAUUGGCACAGAAUAAUUAUGUAGUUAACAUUUUUCCAAAUAUAUAUUUUAAGAUGCCGGCACUACAAACAAAUUAUGAAGAAUAGUCUCAAUUUUCAAUUAUAGAUAUACAUGUAGAUGUCCUAUAUCUAUACUUUUUAAUAAUAAAUAGAUUAGUUGAUCAAAUAACUCAUUAUAUGAGGGACAAUCAUCUCCUAAAUUAUGCCAUACAAGAGGUUGGGAAGGAAUCUACAAAGUGGGACACUGGGACAAACGGUCAGCAGAGUAAUUAAUUCUAUGAUGUUACAUUGCAAAAGUUCAACUAAUCGAUUAAUUUAAAAGUGAAUAUAGUGUUUCGAAACUUUUUAUGAAAAUUUAUAAUAUUAUAUAAUUUGAUGUAGCUAUAUUUGUAAUUUAUGACACUAAUAUAAACACUUAGUCUAAACUAAGACAAUAUCAUAUUUGGUCCUUAAAAUAAUAUAAAUAUUUAAAAAUAUUGUAAUAUUCCUUGCUAUCACUGUUCAUGUUGAGCAGUCUAAAUCGAUUACCUGGCCAAAUGUAGGUAUUUGGUAAAGAAAUAUAUACAGAAACUACAACCUGACAACGUGAUCACAUUGAAUAGUUAAAAACAUUAGAUCUCCAUAAUCACAUAUGUUUCAAUAUAACAUGUAUACAAUAUAUUGUUAAA